AUGCUUGAAUGUUUCAAAUGUGGCGUUAAAGGUCAUCGUGUUGUUGAUUGCAGUAAGGAUUCUGUGACGUGUUUCAAGUGUGGCAAGAGUGGCCACAGAGCAAACCAGUGUGGAGUUGGUUCGAGUGUGACUUGUUACAAUUGCAGUGAGAAAGGUCACAUUAGUACCAAAUGUGAUAAGCCAAAGAAGGAGAAAGCGAAGGGAAAGGUGUUUGCAUUGUCUGGUGCAGAGGCCACUACCGAUGAUAGGCUAAUCCAAAGUGCGUGCUUUAUUAAUGGUACACCUUUGACUGCCAUUAUUGAUACCGAUGCAACACAUUCUUUCAUUUCUUUGGAUUGUGCUAAGCGAUUGAAUCUUAUAUUAUCUGAUAUGCGUAGAAGUAUGGUUAUUGAUACACCUGCUAUGGGUUCUGUUUCUACUUCCUAUGCGUGUCUGAAUUGUUCGUUGAGUAUCUUUGGUAGGGAUUUUGGAAUUGAUUUAGUUUGUCUUCCUUUAGAGCAACUUGACGUGAUUUUGGGUAUGAAUUGGUUAGAAUUUAAUCGGGUGUAUAUCAACUGUUUCGAGAAGACAGUUAUUUUUCCUGAGGUUGGUGCGAAGGAAGAUUGGUUUGUGUCUGCUAAGCAAGUGGAUGAAUCGGUGCAAGGUGGUGCCGAGUUGUUUAUGUUGUUGGCAACUUUGGAUAUUCGUGAGAAGAGGACGAUUGAAGAAUUGCCAAUAGUUUGUGAGUUUGCGGAGGUAUUUCCGGAAGAUAUAAGUGAUUUACCGCCGGAACGCGAGGUUGAGUUUUCGAUCGAUUUAGUUCCUGGAACUAGUCCUGUAUCGAUGGCUCCCUAUCAAAUGUCUGCUUCUGAAUUGAAAGAGUUGAAGAGUCAACUUGAAGACUUGCUUGAGAAGAGGUUUAUUCGUCCUAGUGUGUCGCCG